UGGUUCUUGAUUGGUAUGGCGGCAGGGCGAGUUGAUGUUCGGAGGAGAAUUGAUGUUGAGAAAGUGAAUCGGGAAUAUGGCCAUACUAAUCCCGUUAAGAAUGUAUGCAACUACCCACCUAAUAGUAAGAAUUCGGCUUCUUUUCAUAAGAGUAAGUUGGGUUUGGGUCCUAAGCGAUGUGGGUUAGACAAUGUUGCAAGAGUUAAAAAUGAUGUCAGGUCGAUGUUGGAUAAUGAGGCUAAGCAGCCGCCUCAGAAAAAACGGAAGUUUUCUCCAAUUGUGUGGGACCUAGAAAAUAAGGAACUAAGUUCUUCAUCCAAGACCAGAGUUAUAGCGACAACUACCUCUCUGUCAUCUCCACCUUCACCUGUGAAGUUGUCAAAUAGUGACUCCAAUCAGGUUGAUAAACAGCCACCCGUCUCUGCAGAUCUUAUCAAAGAAGAGCGUUCACCGCCUGAGUCUCUAGUGUCAAAUUCCGGUGCUGCUUUAUCUCCUUCACCAUCUGGCCAGGGAUGUCAGGAUGAUGAACAAGAAAAAGAUUUGAUGGGUAAAGAUAGCUUUCAAACGCCCAACCUAUUUACGUCACGAUGGGCUUCAGAUGAUGAUGACGAAGAUGGAUCUCUAACCGAGGAAAAGAUAAGGAGUUCAAGUCUUGAGAGUGGGGAGUUUGAAAGAGAGGAACUGGAAGGUGAUGGGGUACAGUCUGAUGAAAGAAGCAACAAUGUACUGUAUGCUUGCAAGGGUGAAGAUAAGGGGUGUAAGUUGGACUCUGGUUAUGUUAUGGAUAUUGAUGACAUUCGUGAAGAAGAUGCUAUUGCUGAUCAAUCAGAUUUAGAUGUUGAAGAGUCUGCAGGAAGUGGGAUGAACAUGCUUCUUGGUUGCAGAAGUGUUUUUGAAUAUGAAAGAUUGAACAAAAUAAGUGAAGGUACUUAUGGUAUUGUUUAUAGAGCCAAGGAUAAGAAGACUGGAGAAAUUGUGGCUCUAAAGAAGGAAAAAAUUCUUGGCGGGAGAGACUUAGAAGAAUAUGGUUUCCCAGUGACAUCUCUGAGAGAAAUCAAUAUUCUUGCAUCUUUUCUUCACCCUUCGAUUGUGAAAGUUAAAGAAGUCGUUGUAGAUGACCAUGACAGUGUUUACAUGGUUAUGGAAUACAUGGAACAUGACCUCAAGUGGCUAAUGGACUCAAUGAAGCGACAAUUCAGUACAAGUGAUGUUAAAAGCUUGAUGCUACAACUACUGGAGGGUGUGAAAUAUCUUCAUGAUAAUUGGGUGCUACAUAGGGAUUUGAAGACAUCCAAUCUUCUCUUGAAUAACCAAGGUGAACUCAAAAUAUGCGACUUUGGUAUGGCACGACUGUAUGGGAGCCCACUUAAGCCAUAUACGACCAAGGUGGUUACCCAGUGGUAUAGAGCUCCUGAACUUUUACUUGGAGCAAAGAAGUAUUCAACAGCUGUGGACAUGUGGUCUGUUGGUUGUAUAAUGGCUGAAUUGUUAACUAAGGAGCCCGUGUUCAAGGGAACAAAUGAAAUUGAUCAGCUUCGUAAGAUAUUUGAUACUCUUGGUGUUCCAAAUGAGAAGAUUUGGCCUGGGUUUUCUGAAUUACCAGGGGCCAAAGCAAAUUAUUCUAAGCAACUGUAUAAUUUGUUGCGGAAAAAGUUCCCUGUAGCAUCUUUUACAGGAUCUGCCGUUCUUUCUGAUGCUGGAUUCGACCUGUUAAACAGGCUUCUUACAUAUGAUCCUGAGAAGAGAAUAACAGCAGAUGAUGCUCUCAAUCAUGAUUGGUUCCGGGAGAUUCCUCUACCUAAAUCUAAAGAAUUCUUCCCCACUUUCCCACCAAAAGUGUGAAUGGAGCAAUUUCCUGGCCUGAUUGGUGAAGAAGUUGGACACAAUCAAAAUAUAUAUGGAGCUAUGCUUUAAGGAUCCAUAUCUGAUAUAUCAGUGGUAAUUUUUUUCGUCUAUUGGAUUGUUUCAUGAUACAGACAAUUAGGUGCAUUCAGCCACUAGGUUAUCAUCAAUGAUAGUUGUAUUAGGUAGAUGAUAGACAAAAAUGUGAGAUGCUACAGUUGCAUGUUUUGUGGUAGCAAAUUAUUGGGAGAAACUGAUAUUGUCUUUUGGCAUGCA